ACCUUUUUUGUUGUAUUUUUGUGUUUUUGUUAACAAAAAACAAAGCAAGAUACUAGUUACUAGAACAAGCCCUUGCAAAAAAAGUGUGAAGGAUCAUCAGCAUAUAAAACAAGAUCUGCGAGGACUAACCUAGAAAAAAAAAACUAGGAACCGGUUUUUUUUCACAUUAAAAUGAAAACAAGCACAAAUUUCAAUUUUUUUUUGUAUCCUUAAAAAAAUGUCCUUAAAAUAAAAAAAUAUUGAUUAAUCCCAGUCUAAUGCUAAUGAUUUGCAUCAAACUAGUAUCUAAGUCCUUUGCAACCGAUUUUUUCUUCCAAUUCGCUCGAAGAAUUUUGUUUUUUCUUCCCAUCUCACUAACCUAACCUCACUUCUAUCUACUUGGAAGCAAAAAGGAGAAGAGUAUAGAGGUUGUCAAGGGUACAUCCAACAGCAGCAGCAGGCAGGAGCAGAAAAAAAAGGCAGAGCUGCUGUGCUUUGCUCUGCUCUGCUCUGCUAUACUACCUACAACUUCUUGUCAGGAAGUUUGUCACUGUUAGUAUUGUCAAACUAUCGAUACAAGGCACAGAUCAAAUAUUAUUAUUCUCUGCUACUUGCUACUUUCAUUCCCAUCUUGAGAGUAAAAAAAAAAAGUUUGAAAUAAAAAACUAGCCACCCUCUCAUUCUCUGUUAUUCGACCAAUAGAACAUAUAACUUAGGGGUGGACAAUCGCCUUUUAUACCCACCCCUAGCGGCAUCGUUAGAAGAAUUUAUAUUUCUACUGUCGAUGCUGCUGCUGCUUGAGGAAAGGAAGAAGAACUUUGUUUAGAGAUUAAAUUGAUUUUUCUCAAGAAACACAGAGUUUGCACAGCAUCAAAGUAGACUCCACAAAUUGGGACAAUCCACAAAAUGGAUGAAAGGAAUCAUAAUUCAGCUGCUGAAGGAUGUGAAAAUUACUAUCAAAUCAGUGAUGACGACAUUGAUGAAAACGAUGAAAAUGGUGACGAGUCCGUUCUUGAAGAAUCCUCAACAGCUGAUGGACGAAAUCCAUACGAAAGAGCUUGGACCACCGAAGCCACUCGAGCAUUGAUUCAUAUUCGUGGACCUAUGGAAGACAAAUUCACUGAAGGACGUCAAAAACGCACAGCUCUCUGGCUUAGCGUCACCAGACAAUUACAAAAACUAGGCUUUCGCUAUAAUGCUGCUAAAGUCCAAAAGAAAUGGCACAAUAUCCUCAUAACUUACAACAAGAAUCUCAACAAAAAAUUCCUCGCAGGCUAUGUCCAUUGGGAGUUCUUCGAGGAAAUGUUCAAAUACUUGCAGGGCAAAAAAGCCGAAUGUGACACAAUUGUGAGUGGUGCACAAUUCCAAGAUGAAAGCCAAUACCCACCCGACAAUUCCAUGCUGCAUCCUCAAAUUCAAAUGGAUGGCAAAUCUGCUGACGAAUUCGAAGAGAGCAGUGGAAGCCCCGAAAGAAAGAAACCUAAAUUCGAAUACAACAACGAUCACCAUGAUGAGCUUCCGCUCGAAAUAACACAUGAAAAUGGCAAUGAUGAUUAUGCGCAUGGCUCCUCGUCAUUGCAAGGCCACUGGUGGAAAGAAUACUUUGAACGGAAAUUGACAAUGGAAAGAGAAAAAAUUGAUUUGCAACGCGAAAUGCAUCGCGAUCUAAUGCAUUUCAAUAAAAUGUCUCUCAUCCAGCAGGAGAAAAUUGAACGAAUUAAAAUCGACGCUAUUAACAGUUUGACUUCUACGUUGCAGAAAUUUGUCGAAGUCAAGAGUCGAAAAGCCUAGAAAAGAAAACAAAAUUAGUCUCUUUUUUUUUGUUCACGGAAAUGCAUGUAGUUUUAUUUUAUAUAUUUUACAAAUCGUCUCUAAAUGUUCCCUAUUUGUGAUUUUAAUAUGUAUUUGAGUUUUAUUUACUGAAUCAGUAUUAUUAUGCUUUAAAGCGUGUUUCGGAUACAUUUUAAGGACAAAUAAAUCAAGUACAAAAAUUU